AUGGACAAGAUCAACAGAAAGAUCGAGAAGCUGAGGGACGAGGUCACGACGGACGCCACCCUCGCCCAGGUUCGUGACUUUGUCGUCUCAGGGGCCCCGAAGCUGCCAUCCGCCGCGGGAGUCUACCUGCUCGAGAAGGUUCCCAUCGUCCAGUGGCUGCCCCGAUACUCUCCAAAAUGGCUCAUCACCGACUUCAUCGCCGGCCUGACGGUAGGCGUCAUGCUCAUCCCCCAGUCCCUGGCCUACGCAAAGAUCGCGACCAUCCCCAUUGCCAACGGUCUCUAUUCGAGCUGGCUGCCGGCUGCCUUCGCAGUCAUCAUGGGAACUUCAAAAGACCUCUCGACCGGUCCAACUUCCAUCCUAGGUCUCCUGACCGCCGAGAUUGUACACGAUCUGAGUGAAGAAGGCUUCGACAUCUCGGCGAUUGCGUCUUCCGUUGCCCUGAUGGUUGGAGUCUACUCUCUCGUGAUCGGUCUCUUCGGCCUUGGUUUCAUCCUGGACUAUGUCUCCUUUCCGGUCUUGACGGGCUUCAUCUCGGCCGCAGCUCUCGUCAUUGCCUUUGGACAAGUCGGCUCCCUCGUUGGGCUGUCAAACGUGCCAUCCGGCGUCUUCAACGUCAUCGGCAACGUCCUUCGCCGCCUCCCGGACUGGGACGGCCCGACCUGCGGCAUCGGCUUAGGAACGCUCGUGAUUCUCAUCGCCCUCGAAAAGGUGGGCAAGAAAUGGGGCAAGAGACACUACGCCAUCAAGCUCCUCGCCAACUCUCGGGCCGUCAUCGUGCUGGUUGUCUUCACCCUCAUCAGCUACCUCGUCAACCGCGGCCGCGACAAGUCUGACUACUCCUGGAAGGUCAGCCAAGUCAACACACACGGCAUCACUCAGCCCAUCGUGCCCGCUGCGAACCUCGUGCAAAAAGUUGCGGUUCGGGCUGUCGCGCCCCUGGUCGCCAGUACCCUCGAGCACUUGGCCGUCGGCAAGGCUUUCGGGCGGAAGAACAACUACCAGAUCGACCAGAGCCAGGAGUUCAACUACCUCGGUGUCGUCAACAUCGUCAACAGCUUCUUCAGUACCAUGCCGGUGGGCGGUGCCAUGUCCCGUACGGCGGUUGCUUCUGAGUGUGGUGUCAAGAGCCCCUUGACCGGCUUGUUCACAGCCGCCUUUAUCCUCUUGACCCUCUAUGUCUUGUCGCCCGCCCUUUACUGGCUUCCUUCCGCAACUCUUUCUGCCAUCAUUAUCAUGGCCGUUGUCCACCUAUUUGGCCCGUUGUCACUCUUCUACCGCUUCUGGCGCAUCUCAUUUCCCGACUUUGUUGCCUCGAUGGUCUCCUUCUGGGUUACCAUCUUUGUCUCUGCCGAAAUCGGUAUUGGCGUCGCCGCCGGUUGGAGCAUUGUAUGGACUAUGCUGCGUUCAACCUUUGUCAAGCCCGCCAUCCACUCUAGCAACAACGGCGUCGUCCAUACCAUACCCCAGCCCAUCACGCGCAUCAUCAGCGACGGUGGCCGCCGCGUCACUGAGAACCGCACCGAGAACGCGAGCAUCGCGAUCCCCGGCGACACCAUCGUCGUGGACUUCAACGACGCCAUCUUCUUCCCCAACGCCGAGCGCGCGAAGACGGCGACGCUCACGGCCAUCAAGCUGGUGUACCCCCGCGUGGAGACCAGCAUGGGGCAGGACGACCGCGAGCGGCACUGGAGCGUCGCGGCGGAGAAGAGGCUGGAGAGGAUACGGGCGCAAAGACAGAUCCGGCUCAAGGAGACGCCGCUCGCCGUCGUGGUCUGGGACUUCACAAUGGUGCCGUACAUCGACACGUCUGGCAUCAUGACGUUGAAGGAGCUCAAGACCGAGAUCCAGUCGCACUCUGGCAAGAGCGUGCAGAUCCGGAUGGUGGGCAUGUCAGACAAGGUCCGUAGCCGGUUCCUGAGGGCGAAGUGGAGCCUGGUCGACCUGGAAGAAUGGAGGGAGGAGGACGCGGACCUGGUGUACCCCUCAAUGGAGACAGCGAUCUGGGAUCGUGAUGGAGACUCGGGGGCGGACGGCUCUAGCGAAAAAAAGGGCUAA